GGCGGAGGAGCGCAGGCAGCGGAGGUGACUGAGGCACUGGAGCUCGCCAGGCGGAGGUGGGCUGAAGGGAGCGCGGUUAGAGGAGGUGCAGGAGACGGUGGCAGCAGUCGAAAAGGCAGCGGAGCGGCGCCCCGGGUGGGCUCAUGGAGCUCGAGAAUAUCGUGGCCAACACGGUGCUGCUCAAGGCGCGCGAGGGUGGAGGAGGGAACCGAAAGGGCAAAAGCAAGAAAUGGCGCCAAAUGUUGCAGUUUCCACACAUCAGCCAGUGUGAAGAUCUUCGGCAUACAUUGGAGCGGGACUACCACAGCUUGUGUGAAAAACAGCCCAUAGGCCGCUUGCUCUUCCGGCAGUUUUGUGAAACCCGGGUGGAGCUGAUGCGCUGUGUCAUGUUCCUGGAUGCUCUGGCAGAGUAUGAAGUGACACCUGAUGAAAAACGGAAGGAGUGUGGGCAGAUACUGAUUGAGACAUACCUGAACCCUAAGAGUGCAGACCAUGUGCCUGAAGUUCCCUCACACCUAGUAAAUCUGUGCUCAGAGCGACUGGAGCAGGAGCCAUGUAAAGAGCUCUUCAAGGAAUGUACCAAGCUCAUCCAUGACUACCUGAGUGUGGCACCUUUUGCUGACUACCUUGACAGCAUCUACUUCAAUCGUUUUCUGCAAUGGAAAUAUCUGGAAAGGCGGCAUGUGACCAAGAACACUUUCCGCCAGUAUCGUGUACUAGGAAAGGGAGGCUUUGGAGAGGUAUGUGCUUGCCAAGUAAGAGCCACUGGGAAGAUGUAUGCCUGCAAGAAACUUGAGAAGAAAAGAAUAAAAAAGAGGAAAGGGGAAGCUAUGGCUUUGAACGAGAAGCAGAUAUUGGAGAAAGUGAACAGUAGGUUUGUAGUGAGUUUGGCCUAUGCAUAUGAAACGAAAGAUGCUCUGUGCUUGGUCUUGACCCUCAUGAAUGGAGGGGACCUGAAGUUCCAUAUCUACCACAUGGGAGAAGCGGGCUUUGAGGAGCCGCGAGCUGUUUUCUAUGCUGCUGAAAUCUGCUGUGGUUUGGAAGACCUUCACCGUGAGAGAAUAGUAUACAGGGAUUUGAAGCCUGAGAACAUCUUGCUGGAUGAUCACGGUCACAUCCGCAUUUCUGACUUGGGGCUUGCUGUUUAUGUUCCGGAAGGCCAGACGAUAAAAGGUCGGGUGGGAACAGUCGGCUAUAUGGCUCCUGAGGUAGUAAAGAAUGAGCGAUACACGUUCAGCCCUGAUUGGUGGGCCCUAGGAUGCCUGCUCUAUGAGAUGAUUGAGGGGCAGUCUCCCUUCCAGCAGCGCAAAAAGAAGAUCAAGCGUGAAGAGGUGGAACGCCUUGUGAGGGAUGUGCAGGAGGAGUACUCGGAAAAGUUCUCACCUGCUUCUCGCUCCUUUUGUUCCAUGCUCCUCUGCAAGGACCCAAUGGAACGGCUGGGUUGUCGAGGUACUGGAACCAAAGAGGUGAAAGAGCACCUGCUCUUUAAGCAUUUGAAUUUCAAGCGGUUGGAAGCAGGGAUGCUAGACCCACCAUUCAAGCCUGAUCCUCAAGCAAUUUAUUGCAAGGACGUGUUGGACAUUGAGCAGUUCUCCACUGUCAAGGGAGUUGAGCUGGAACCUACAGACCAUGACUUCUAUCAUAAGUUUGCAACGGGUAGUGUCUCCAUUCCCUGGCAGAAUGAGAUGAUAGAGACUGAGUGUUUCAAGGAGCUGAAUGUCUUUGGUCCAGAUGGUGCUGUUCCUCCUGACCUGGACUGGAAGGGGCAACAACCUCCCCAGCCCAAAAAAGGCCUUCUGCAACGUCUCUUUAGCCGACAGGACUGUUGUGGGAACUGCAGUGAAAGUGAAGAGGAACCCACUCGCCUAUAGGUGGUGCAGCUAAUGUAUUCUCUCUAUGAGCCUGGCCAGGCGGCAAGCUGACUCUACACAGGAGAUGGUACUGGCUUAGCGGACGGUCCAGCAUAUGCUAGCUGGACAAAUACGGGCUCAUUCUUUCAGGGUGGCAGCAGACACUUGCUGGACAGAGGAAGUGCUCCAGGACUGGGGAGAACAGGCCCCUCUGUGGAGAGGUCUUUGGUGUACCGCCAAAGGACCACCCUGCUGUAGCACCUCUUCCACAGCAGAGAGAUGAUGGCAGGAGCCAGUGAAACAUUCCAGGGCUGGCCCUGGCCUCAGGCCUCCCAUCUGCUCAUCUGUUGGAGUUUGUUUUAUAUAUUUAUAUUGAUAUAUCUAUGAAUGUAUGUAUAUAAACAUAUACAUUUUUAAUUGUCAGGGAGGGGGGGUCCUUCUGCAUUUCUCUCCUUUCCUACCCUUGUGGUCACUGUGCACCAGAAACAUCUGGUUCCCGUGCAAGUCAUCUAUCUCAUGUGCUGGUAGAGAUGGAUGGUGGGAGACAACAGGGCAGGGCAGCUGUAUCACAAGGGCAAUCACUACUAGCAGAUGUAGUUCACAGGGAACAACUUCGGCCACCCUGUCCAUUCAUGCCCCCACCUGAUUUGCUGUAUUACCGUAACGCACUGUGAGAGAAGCAGAAACAGCUGAGACUCUCUUUAGGUAUGUAGACUUGUUUAGGCAGCACUCAUUUGAGGGGUCUCCCCUGGGAUGGCAGGCUAUGGAUCUUGCCUCUAGAUAAUGGUCUGAUGGGAAUCCUGAAGUGCUAGAAUAGCAUGCUGAUUCCUGGCUUUAAUGGCUUGUAUGGGACUCCAUUGGGUGUGGCAGUGAAUGGGCAGGAAGCUGUUUGUAUUUCUGCCUUCUGUCAGGAGCUUCCAUAGGAAUUAAGCCUGCCUUUCUCUCUCUCCUCUCCCCCCCCCCCAAAGAAAUGAAGCAGUUCUACUGUUGUUUUCCAAAAGGAUGAGUCUAAAGGGAUCCUGCCACCUGUGCCAGUGUGGGAAGAACAUGCACAAAUUCAAGCCUGGAGUUUUGAGCCCUCUGGGCUCUUUGCCAAAGUCCUCAUCCUGUUUCCCCAUGGAAAUCUUUCAUUGUUCUUCAUGGCUGGGGCCCAUGCAGAGCAUUCAAAAAGCUCGCUUGACUGUCCUGCUGUAGUACUGCUCAUUGCCUGUACUAAAGGUUUCAGCCUUAUUGUUUCCUA